GAAUUGAAAGAACUGGAUAAAAUUUGAGAAAGUUUGGAGCCACAAGUGAGUGAUAAAGAGAUUGUAGAAUAGAGAAUGUUGGGUAGAUGAUUGAUGGCUGCAAGGAUAACAUUCCGGCCACCGGAGUUCACCAAAAAACACCAUAAACCCCUCAUUACUCUUACUAAAAGAAUACCAACUUGUAUAUAUUGCACAACCACAACAAAACCUGAAAUUGAACUAGAGUUCAUUGGGCCAAAGCCAGAUGAAAAUGGCAACUACCCUAUGGAUAAAACAAAAGCAGUAAGUGGUGAGAAGCUGCUGAGGAACAUCAUGUCAGAGAAUAAGAUAGAGUUGUAUGCUGCAUAUGGAAAGGUGAUGAAUUGUGGAGGCGGUGGAAGCUGUGGUACUUGUAUUGUGGAGGUAUAAGUCUGUUGUUAGUAAUCAGACAUAAUCAGCAUUCUUUAGAAAUUCUUUUUUCUUUUCACUAGACAUUGAAUUAUGAAAUACAUCAACAGUUGGUAGCAGUAUAUCGACCAUUUUACACACAUUCAUUAACUUGUAAUAACCUACAUAAACCAUAUCUUUG